UGCGUCGUCGAACAGGAACCGGCCGGUGGAAAGUUUCACUGGAGAGAAGGACGGUUCUCGUGUCGCUGCACAGAGCUGCGGUCCGUGCUCAUCUCUCCUCGGUCUGAACGAUUUGUUGUUUUAAACUCGUUGCCGUUUUGUUUUUCCGGAGUGAACUUCACUGCAGCCUAAUAUUAAGGCGAGGACCGGCUGCCCGGUUAUAGGAGGAAGAAGAAGACCGCCUCUUAAAUCACCGGAGACCUGUCAGGCAUUUAAUUUAUUUUAAUAUUGUUUUAAUUAUCGUUUACCGUCUCCUACCGACCGGAUGUACCGUCUGUUCGUUUAAUGGCUUCGGACUUGUGCGAUCAGUCUCCGCAACACCCUCCCCAAGCUGCACUGAAUCUGUGAUUUGCCUUCGCAACAUCUGAGAGUGGACCGCAGCCGAGUGACAGGACUGACGGGGAGGACAAACAGAGUGUGUUGGAAAAAAUAAAUAACUCAAGCAUCUUCUGAAGAACUAUGGAGUUUUCACUGGCUCACCCAGCCAUCAAAGCCUUCAUGUGUGGCUCCUUCAGUGGGACCUGCUCCACGCUGCUCUUCCAGCCCCUUGACCUGGUCAAGACCCGUCUGCAGACGCUGCAGAGCGGCAGGCAGCCCGGUUCGGGCAGAGUGGGGAUGGUGACCAUGCUGAUGAGCGUGGUGCGGACAGAGAGGCUGCUGGGACUGUGGAAAGGAGUUUCACCGUCCUUUGCUCGGACCAUCCCGGGUGUGGGGCUCUACUUCAGCACCUACUACUCUCUGAAGCAGCACUUCUUCCAGGACAGCACUCCGGGGGCCAUGGGGGCCGUGCUGCUGGGAGGAGGGGCCCGGACGGUGGCAGGGGUCUUCAUGCUGCCAGUCACUGUCAUCAAGACGCGCUUUGAAUGUGGCAGGUACGGUUACAGGAGUGUGGUCGGGGCUCUGCGCAGUGUGUGUCAGACUGAGGGACCUGCCGCUCUGUUCUCUGGCGUCACGGCAACGCUCCUCAGAGACGUUCCCUUCUCUGGCAUCUACGUCAUGUUCUACAGCCAGACCAAGGCCUCGCUGCCUAAAGAAAUCGGCGAUUCUCCGUCGGCUGCCCUGGCUCACUUCGGCUGCGGGAUCCUCGCGGGUGUGUUGGCCUCCGUGAUCACUCAGCCUGCCGACGUGGUCAAGACACAGGUCCAAGUGAAUCCGCAGCUGAGAACGACAGAGGCUAUCAGAUGCAUCUAUGUGGAACACGGGAUCCAGGGCUUCUUCAGAGGGGCAGUUCCUCGGUCACUGAGGAGGACCAUGAUGGCCGCCAUGACAUGGACGGUGUAUGAGAAUAUGAUGGCACACGUCGGACUGAAGUCCUGAGGGGAAACGGUGAUGAGCGAAAGAAAGAAGAAAUUAAAGUCAAGGCACUGUAUGACGGCGGCAAUAUGUGGGGAGGAAGGCACUGCUGCAGUGGAGUUGCUCGUAAGAGCGUCAAAGGCAUUCGAGGACUUAAAAAUUUUCCAAGCUGCUGACUGGUGAGCAAAGAGCGCGUACACUUGUCUAAAUGAGCGAACGUGCAUUGCAAAGAGUUUUCUCUUUGAAGAGUUGCACUGGGUUAUGGCUGAAGUUCAAGAAUCCAACUUUUGGACUGUGCAAUGGGACAUUUAAGAAAAUAAUACUGACACACUAAUGAUUUUCUAUCGCACUAUGAGUAUUUAGAUCGUCACUGACACUACAUGCUGGGUGAAUCCCUGUGACUAUUUUUUUCACAGUCGUAUCCAUGUGAUUUCAAAAAGACUGCAGUCAUCAGGACGGUGUCCCAGAUUCAGCUCAGACGUCUGUAAUGCACUUUAACCUCUGCAGUUCUUUGUGUGGAACCUGGAGAGGCUGCCUUUCUUAUAACACAGUGUUAUUUAUAUCCCGAUAUAUUUUUUUGUGAAAUAAAACGUGCUUCGCGGUACAUUAAUCUGCCUUGAAAUAUACAUUUUUUUGCUUUGAUAUAUGAUCUUUUGAAAGAUAAAAUAAAAAAUGAUGCACAAUA